UACGCAAUUUAUAUUGGAGGCGGUUAUAGUGUUGUUUAAUUCAUAACAAACCCCAGAAAUAUCAGAAAAAUAUAUUUAUAGCCCCUAAAUAUUCAAAAGCAACUUCUAACAAAGAAAAACAGGAUCUAUUCCGUUUUGCGACCUGGAAAACGGGAUCGAUGGCGUCGCCGGUGGUGGCAAAGGCGGCGGAGAGAAUCGGGAAUGCAGUGCGACGGCAGGCCAUAACUCUUACGGACGCCGCCGCAGCUAGAAUAAGCAAUCUCCUUCAGCAAAGGCAGCGCCCUUUCCUUAAGCUCGGCGUUAAAGCUCGUGGCUGCAACGGCUUAUCCUACACCCUCAAUUACGCCGAUGAGAAGGGUAAGUUUGAUGAGCUGAUUGAAGAUAAGGGAGUAAAAAUACUUAUUGAUCCUAAGGCACUGAUGCACGUGAUUGGUACCAAGAUGGAUUUUGUAGAUGAUAAAUUGAGGUCUGAGUUCGUAUUUAUUAAUCCCAACUCCAAGGGGCAAUGUGGUUGUGGCGAGUCUUUUAUGACAGCAGCUAGUAGAGGAGCUGGAAAAUGAGAUGAUUUUCACUGAGAUAUUGAUGUUUAUAAUGUACUUUCACUAGGAUAGACAAAGGAUGAAAUAAAGAUUCUCCAGGAAUUAUAUGCCAUACUAAUACAUAUGUUCCUAUUGUAUCUAUUGGAUGUGAGAAUUUCCAGUCAUGGCAGUUGUAUAAUCUACUGAUCCUACAGAAGUGGAAAUAUUUUUUUUGGCAA